UAUUCAUACCAAAUGUACAUGAAAAUUAAUAUGGAACGCCUUAACGUCUUAUGAACGCGCUCGCGCGUUAUUGUCUCGUGACAAUUACAAUAUUUACGUUAGUUAUUGCUCACCUUUAAUGAAAUAUUUAGUCAUUUCAUAUAACCAAAAUUUAACCACAGUAUAAGGAUGUAUAUGUAUAUUCAUAGUCAUUUAUACAUAAAGUAACAAACAUGUUACUAUCUAUGAUACUAGUAACCUUAUUAAACAUGUAAUGAAUGUUUUGGUAAACUAUAGUUUGUGAAAAGGAAUUUAAACGAUCAAUAUGUAUUGUGUUUUUGACAUAUUGGACUAUAUUUACAAAACUUUUAUAGUGUAAUUCGUAAAAAUUGGACUUAUUUCUUGUUUAUUUGAUAUCCUUAAGUGCGUCCGUAUUCAAAGUGAUUUUAAUUAAAUGAAGUCGGAAAUAUAAACCAUUCAAAUGAACCGUAUACAGUUUUAAUAGAGGCAAUAAACAUAAGACUUUGGUUAAUAGGAAAAGACAAGCUAUAGUUAUCUAAACAUACGACUUGGAUGUUAAUUUUAGGUUUCGUUUAUUUACGCAAGUUUCUGUUUUAAAAAUCAGUACACAUGAUAACAUUGUGCCGUUUUGUUCGAAGAGAACAUUUGUACGAACUAAUUUUAAGUGAAUAAAGAGACCACACAUUGGAUAUUACGCCACCUGAAAGAAUAACAGAAUGGGCGUGCACUUUUCCUCAUGGGGCGUGGUUUACUUUGGAAUUGGGCUGCUUCUGAUUAUUCACAUUGCAGAAACAUUCCAGGCAAGAACUAUAGAUGAAAAUGCUUACACGAGCCAUUUUAGACGGAAAAGACAGAUAAGCUGCGAGGAGAAGUAUCGAGUUAUCACCCCUGGACAUACAGCAUGUCUACCGCCAUCACGUAAAUUUGUAUCGGAAGGUGCAGGCGUGAGUGAAAACGAAAAGAAAAUAAUUGUAGAUAUACACAACACUGUGAGGAGGGAAGUGUCUCCCACGGCCUCAAACAUGAUGUUAAUGCAUUGGGAUGACGAAAUUGCUAGAACGGCGCAAAGAUGGGCAGAAAAUUGUGUCAUAGAUCACGACAAAGGAUAUAAAAGAUAUGCAUUUGGUAGAUUCUCUGUCGGUCAAAAUUUGGCAUGGGGCUCUUGGUCUAUGGGUUGGUCAAAAGCUAUACAGCUAUGGGCAGACGAAAAACAUGACUAUAGUUAUGCAACGAACAACAGCCCGACCAGAAAGGCAAUCGGUCAUUAUACUCAGAUGGUAUGGGCUACCAGUAUAACAGUGGGUUGUGGUUUUGCAGUCUGUGAUACAACACAUUACUACGUGUGUAACUAUGGCCCAGGUGGUAAUAGCAAUGGAGUUAGACCAUACUUGGCCGGGAGGACUUGUGCAGACUGUCCGAAUACCUGCAGGAAUGGACUCUGUGAUUGCGGAAAUGUCGUCUGCUUAAAUGGCGGGAAAAUGGAUCCAAACACAUGCAAGUGCACAUGUAAAGAAAAUCUGGAUUUUUUUAUGCCCCCAUAUUGCGGCUUGAACUGUACGGACAUCAAGGAUCCAUUCUAUUGCCUAGAACAGUGGGGCGUGUCUAGUUGUGAAAGAUAUUCAAAUGUGCCACAGCAGUGCCCUUCCAUGUGUAAAUGGUGUCCAAGCGCCGCAUAUGACCACAAGGACAGUGACAUCAGCUCGGCGACUCGUACUGUGUGCUCUCUUAUAGUUGUGACUUUAAGUAUUGUGUUGCUCAUAAUAUGAAAUUCUAUUAUGUAACAUAUAAUUUUAUAUUUACAAGCAAACGAAAUGAAAUGUAAGCAUUUGUUUGAUUUUGAGCAGUUGAGAGCGACGAUUUUAGUGUCUGCUUGUGCUUCAAAUCAUUAUUUACAAAUCAAGCAAACUGGUCGAAUAUGCGCCUUCAUUAAAAUACAUUUCUUCAUGGAAAUCGUUACUCUUUCAAAAAAUAAACAACAUUGUCAAAGUUUGGAAUUUCAAGGGGAGGGUUGGUUUGUAUUUUUAGUAUAGUCCACACCAAGAUUUCUGUUGAACCGCUGCUCAAAGUCUUUCUUCUAUAUGCACGAGUACGUGUCUGAAAUAUUUGUACAAGGGUAACAUUGUCUUUCAUACUUUCAUAAAAGCUAACUUGUGUCUUUUAUAUUUACUGAUAAACUGACGCGUGUGCGUGCGCGCGCGUGUGUGUGCGCGACAGUGUGUGAUUGUGUGUGUAAAUGAGCGUACUUGCGUGUGUGUGUAUGUAUAAUGUGCAUAUACUAGCCAUGCUUACACUGCUUGCAUUUCAAUGCGACUUCCUAGCCAUUUCCUUGCAUCUACCUAACUGCUCAAACCAUGGACUUUUCAUUUUGAUACCAAUCCCGCUUUUUCCUUUUUUAUGCUUUACUCCGCCGUAGAUUACGUCAAUUAUGACAUCACCAACCAAUUUGGUCAUACUUUCUUCUGCUAAAAUACACUUACAGCCAUAAUGUUCUAAGUUAAUUUCUUUCUCAUUUGUUCUUUCCUUCAUCUGUUUUCAUCUUGUUUUCUCAAGUGUUUUAGAAAUGAAACAUUCAUUUCAUGUAUAUUAUUGUUUGAUGAUGUUGUUUUGUGUUUAUGUUUUUAUAUAUUGUUUAGAAGGCCACAUUUAGAAUUAAGAUUUGUUAUUUUGUGUUUGACGAUGGUGUAUCUUCAUGUGUUAUCUUCUUUAACAUAUAUGUUAUUAUUAUCAUUAUUAUUAUUAUUAUUAUUCUUAGAAAUAUUUCUGGUAUUUUUCUUUUGAAUUCUUUAACUUUUGCAGACAUAAAGUUAUUUAUUGAUAAAUAGAUAUAAAGAAUUAUUAUUAUUAUAUUUAUGAAAUGGCGAAUGUUUAAGGAACAGUAUUGUAUAUGAUUUUUCACAUAGUUUAAUAAUCAGAAAUAUUGUAUUUUUGUAAUAAAGUAUUAUGUUUUA